ACCAAUCCAAUAAUUUCAUUUGCAGUUUGGAGUUCUAGAAGAUAAGAUGGGUGUUUCGAAACAGUGUUUGUUUCUAAUCUUUUUUUGGCUCAAAGUUACUGAAACCGAAACUUCUGGUUGGACAGCUCAGGUGACAAACUCCGUAAAAGGUGUUCCAGGGUCUUGUGUUGUGAUUCCCUGCUCAUACAAUUAUCCAGAUCCAGAGAGGACGUCCAAAUUCACUGGUAUCUGGUUUGGUCCGAAAGAUGUCACCAUCUUUCACUCAGAGGACUCUAAAAUACACCAGGACUACAGGAAACGAACAAAGCUAGUGGGAGAGAUCAAAGAAAAGAAUUGUUCUCUGAUGAUUGACCCCCUGCGGGAAAGCGAUACAGGGCCUUUUUAUUUUAGGAUUGAGAUCGACAACUACGACAGGUAUUCCUACCAAGGAAACAAAGCAUCGAUUUCAUUUAUUAAGCCAGAUGACAUCAGCCUUACUGUGGCAGAGGACCAUCAGGAGAACCGGCCGGCAUCUGCUUCCUGCUCCUUGUCUUACUUCUGCCCGAUCCACCCACCUGAUUUCAAAUGGAGUCACUCAGGGAAGAUGGACCACCAUUCACAAAAGCUUGAUGAGGGCCGAUGGAGUAUAACAUCCGUUCUAACCUUUCGUCCUAAUCAGUCAGACCACAACAAGCCUUUAUGGUGCAAUGUAACCUACAGGGGAGGGCACCAACAAAGCACAUUCAAGACCCUUAAAGUAAAAUAUGCACCGGUGGUGGCUGAGAUCGAGCAUGAACCACACGUGAGGGAGGGUGAAUCUGUGGGGCUGAGCUGCUCUGGUGACGCUAACCCACCUGUCUCUGAAUAUGAGUGGCGUAAUGAAACUGGUGCGCUGGUGUAUCUUGGAAAUUACUACAAAAUACAAAAUGUUUCCAGGAAUAUUGGCACCCUGUACUGCACAGCCAUCAAUGAAGUGGGGCGAGCCACAUCGAAACCUGUGAAGCUCAAUGUGCUCUAUGCUCCUGAUAUUAAGAUUGAUUCUUCAUGUUCAUCAAAGGAAAAUUUGGUCAAUUGUGUUUGCAAAGUUGAAUCGAAGCCUCCCAGCACAGUCUCUUUUGUCCUCGCUGACAAAGUUUUGCAGGGCACCAAAGAAGACAAAUCGGGUUUUUUCACUAUCAGUGUUCUACAAGAAGACUUUGAGUCCCACACAUUUCUGGAAUGUGUGGCAAAUAACACACUAGGAAAAGCAAAUCUCAGACUUUCCUUACCUCUUGAUGGAAAGAGGAUGCUUUUCUUCAUCGCUGCUGGAGCAGGCGGGAUUUUGGUAAUAAUCUUAAUAGUGGUGGGAGUUUUUGUAAAAUGUCGGAGGUCUACAGACACAGAGGCACCAGGCAUGAGCACCAUAAUGUCAGAGAGAAAUCUGGAACUCCCACAGUGCGCCAGAUCAAAAUGGAAUAGCGCAUAUGAAGAUUCAUCUUACGAUGCAAUUUACGCCAAUGCUGAUGUGCAUAAAAACAUGGCUGACAAUGAUGAUGGAAUAUACGCCAAUAUGUAGAACAUCUGCAACAUCAGUCGAAUAUUUCUGUAAACAUAAAGGUUGUUUUUUACAUUGUCUUUAUACUACAUGGUAAAACAUUCCGCAGUUCCUUAUUUUGCACAUGCUUAAUCUGAUGUCACAGUCCUGUUCAUGGUGAAAAAAAUGAAUAAAUAUAUUUCAAACUAGUAACUAUUGAACUACUGGAAUAAUUUACUUUUGUCUGU